CAAGUCUCCAGAGGCAAUCCCAGGCUCACACCAGCAGUGCUCACUUGAUGUAUCUGCGUUAUCCUCACUGGUUUUUGGUCUUUGCGACAAGCAUGCACUGACUGAUCUCACAUAACUCUCUGGCAUGCUCUAACUACUCGUGGAUUUUAGCAAAGUUAGAUUUUUGGAGCAUAAAAAUUCUGAUAUUUUUCUCUUUAAUCUGGAAGCACCCUUCUGGAUCCGAUGAUCACAGGGCAGCUGAGCAAACCGCUGCUCCCUCUGCGCGCUGAUAUGGACGCCUGCGAGCUGCGGGAUGACGACAAAGCGGCCAGCCCGGACAGCGAGCUCAACGAGGAGCCCUUGCUGCUGUCAGCUGACACAGACUCGGAGAAGAUGUAUGGUGGUCGAGUUGGUUCAGUUCAGUCUGAUGCCAGCAGCAGUCCCACAGAACAUGGUCAUAUGGCUCACCCCACGUACCCUGUUGGACCACAGUCUCUGUUGGUUGCUCAGCAGCUGGCGUCAGCGGUUAGUGGAGUGAUGUCCGGAGGAGCUCCUGGUCUCAACCAGCCCAUUCUGAUCCCCUUUAACGCUGGCGGGCAUCUCGGUGGGCAGCAGGGCCUGGUUCUGUCUCUGCCCACUGCUGCCAACAUACAGGGCCUGGUGGCAGCCGCUGCUGCUGGAGGCAUCAUGACGCUCCCCCUACAGAAUCUGCAAGCUACCUCAUCCCUAAACUCUCAGCUCCAGCAUCUUCAACAGCUCCAACAGCUACAGCAUCACCAGCAACAGCAUCAUCAUCAUCAACAACAGCAGCAACAACAACAACAACAACAGAAACGAGAACGAGAGCAGCGUGAAAGAGACCAACAACAACGAGAACGUGAACGUGAACAGCACCAACAGCUCUGUGGUCCAACGCAUCUCCAGCCACCCAGCCAUCAUCAGCUCACUCCUCCGAUUCAGUCACAAAUCUCUGGACAUACUCCAGGCUCCGCCUCCAUCUGUACCUCCUCCAAUCAUAGCUCAGCCCAGCCUCCUCAGUCUCCAGCUCACAGCUUGCCAUCACCUGUCACACCUCCUCUGCCACUACAGCUCAACCCUCUGGCCAGUCAGGCAGCGGUUGCCGCAGCAGCAGCAAUGGGUUCAAUUGCCGGGUCCCAGGUGUUUGGUAAUGCUCUAUCCAGCCUCCAGGGGGUCACUGGACAACUGGUCACCAAUGCACAAGGACAGAUCAUUGGUACGAUCCCUCUUAUGCCAAAUUCUGUAGGACCUUCCAGCCAAUCAGGGGGCGGCAGUCCCUCACUGCAGGUCCAGCCAAUCACUCCGCAGCUCCUGACCAAUGCACAGGGUCAGAUUAUAGCCACUGUGAUUGGCAACCAGAUCCUGCCAGUGAUCAACACCCAGGGAAUCACACUGUCACCCAUUAAACCUGGACAACAGAUGCCGCAGACCGGUCAGACUUCACAGGCUCCUCAGCCGAGUCUGCUCCGUAUGCCCCACAGCCAGAGCCCCCUCCGCCAGGCCUCUUCCUCCUCCUCAACAUCAUCAUCCUCAUCCUCUGCUCUUAGCGUCGGGCAGCUAGUCAGCAAUCCUCAGACUGCCCCCAGUGAGGUGGAUGGUGUGAACCUGGAGGAGAUUCGAGAAUUCGCCAAAGCGUUUAAAAUUCGCCGGCUGUCUCUGGGUCUGACUCAAACUCAGGUGGGCCAGGCUCUCAGUGCAACUGAAGGCCCUGCCUACAGCCAGUCUGCCAUCUGCAGACACACCAUCCUGAGAAGCCACUUUUUCCUACCACAGGAAGCCCAAGAGAACACUAUAGCUAGCAGUCUGACAGGCAAACUGAACCCUGGCCUUUUAUAUCCUGCCAGGUUCGAGAAGUUGGACAUCACCCCAAAAAGCGCCCAGAAGAUUAAGCCCGUGCUGGAGCGCUGGAUGGCCGAGGCGGAAGCCCGCCAUCGCUCCGGUAUGCAGAACCUGACCGAGUUUAUCGGCAGCGAGCCCUCCAAAAAGCGCAAACGCCGGACCUCUUUCACGCCGCAGGCCCUGGAAAUCCUCAACAGCCACUUUGAGAAGAAUACUCACCCCUCCGGUCAGGAGAUGACGGAAAUCGCGGAGAAACUGAACUAUGAUCGUGAGGUGGUGCGCGUUUGGUUCUGCAAUAAGAGGCAAGCAUUGAAAAACACUAUAAAGAGGCUUAAACAGCCCGAGCUCGGGCCGGUCGCACCGAUGGACCCUCUGGUUGAUAAUAUGGAGGAACACCCUUAGCUUGAUACGAGCGCCACGAGGCGAACACGCACCGAUGGCGAAACUUCUGAUGUUGUGGACUUAAAGACCUGGACGAUUGCUAUCCGAUGCACCAUCGACUGGAUGAACUGUCAACAAAGGCAAAAAGAAAUAUUUGUCAGUGUUAUCAUCACAAAAGCAAAAACCAAAAAAAGUUCAGAAAAAAAGAGAGUUGUAUGAGAAUUAUAGAACUGACUUGUAAGCAGAUUGUGAGAAAUAAAGAACAAGGAUCUUGUUUAAAUCAAGGAUGGUGAAGAAACUACUUACCAAAGUUUGUUGCAACUGAUACCUGAGGUUUUUUAAUUGUAAAUGUGUUUUACAUUUUUACAUUUUUACUGGGGAAAAAAAGAAAAAAGAAAAAAGAAAAGGAUUCAUGUGAUGGGGUAGAUGGGUGUGACAUUUGAUCUUUGUCUUAUUUUAUCACUUGGGUUUUUAUGUAAAUAUUUCCGAUAAAUUGUCACCAAAUUGAAAUCACAAGUUCCAAAAAAAAAAAAAAAAUCUUUGAGAAGUUUAUUUCAAAAUUGUCACAUUUCUGCUGUCUGUAAGGCCAUUGUCAAAUGUGUCAUCUCACUCUGUUCAUAAACAUUAAGGUAUCCGUCAUGAAAGAGUGCACUUGGGAGGAAUAUUUUGCAAAGAGAUUCUCAGUGAACAUGCCACAGAUAUCCACAUUCAUUGCAGCUGUGUUUAAAGCUAUUUAAUGGUGUUGCCAAAGCCUCCUAGCCAAAGAACAAGGACACUGUAUGUCAUACCUUUUCAUGUGAUCCGAUGAUUUUAUUUUUAAAAGCAAAGGGUUACUGUUUUAUUUUACUUGUCAUGCUCGACAAAAAAUAUAUACAUGUAUAUACAUAUAAAGAUUUCAAGUAAAUGAGGUGAAUUACUUUUAAAGAUUUCACUUGGGUUAUGCAGGUUAUCUUUUGUCUGUGUGUCUUUUUGAUUUGUGGUGCUUAAGGUUUUUUUGGUGCAAAAACUUAAUUGUGUCAGACUUUCUCAGACAGAAAUGACUGGAAAUACUUAUUUUGGACAAAACAUUUGACUGAAUACACACCUUAAUAUAUUAAAAUAAAGAAUCAAUGUCCCAAAUACUGCAUCGUCCCUACAAACCUUCAGCCCAUCUUACAGUAAUUUUAUGAAUUGUUUUUCAGUCUCUUUUUUCUUAUCCUUUUUAAUGUAUAGUUCUUAUACUGUAUAACAAGCAUUCAAGCAUUCACUCAUGUUUGGAUUUUAAAUACUUUUCAACAGGCAAUUUGCUAAAAACUACUCAGUAUUUCCAAAAGCAGCGAUGAUCAUGUUGAUAACAGUCCUAUAAUUUUACUGGUUUGCAUCAUGAAUUUGAAAAGAAAAUCUUUUGAUGUAUUUAUGCAAAUGUAAUUCAUCAUAAUGGGCAUUUGCUAUAAUUAUAGUUAGAGAAAAAUUGUCUUGCUUCUGACAGCUAUGUAACCGAUAUCUUGACCCGCUUUAAAAGAGCUGUCUGAUUGCAUUGACUCAUCUCAUAUUGUAUAAGAUGACAUUCGCCCAGCCCGUUCAUUUUCAUGAAUUCAGAAGCAUGGCAUUUGUGUGUGGUUGCAGAGACAGGACGUCUUAAGGUAUACAGGCUUAUGAAAUAAAGCUGUAACCAAAAAUUAAAACCAAGAGACGAGAAUCUAAGUUCUGCCUUUGCUCAUCUUUUCAAUGCUGGACCAAAGCUCAAUAGUUUUAUGCACAUUGUACAGAGAAAUGGCUAAAUGUCGCUGACAAUCUUGAAAUAUGUAACUGAUUGAAGAAAACUGAUUAAAUGGAGUAUAUCAUUAAAAUUACCUCAGCACUGUCCUGCUAAGUAGUGAGCAAUGUCAUAACAUGGUACCUUUCUGCAGAGGUUCACAGCAAAACACAAAGGACUUGUGUAUAUGUUUGUAAGUAGUUUUAUGACCAUCUUAGAUUGAUUCUCACCUGCUUUUCUUUAUGAUGUGCUUUCCAGGGUCACGUGUAUAGAACAGACAUUGUUACAUGACUUUCUUCUAUUUUAUUGUUUAGAUUCUGCAUUGUUGUUAGUUUAUCUCCUUUCACUAUGUAAGAUACAUUUUUGAGUUUAAUUGCCUGGAAUUGCCCCGUAUAAAUGGGGAACAAAGAAAACUUUGCGGUUCAACUCAAUUGUGUUUGAAAGAUGAUGGAAAACCUUUGGAGAUUUAUUGAAGAACACACACUGGUAUACAUACACGCAUAAACACACACACACACACACACAGUCAAGAUUGAAAUGUUGUUAUUACUCUCAAGACCUCGAAACCAAAGCUGUUUAACCUGCUAAGGAUGCUUUAAAUUUUAUAGACUGAAAACUGUAUGUAUUAUAUAGAGCAAUAUCUGUUCGGUCAGUUAAGCUGCACUUUGUGUAUUUCUUAACAGCUUCAAGUCUGUCACAUUAAUUUGUACCAUAAUACUUAAUAAUAAACA